UAAGAUGGCCGACUCCGAUAAAAGUGGAGGAAGUACGGAAGUGGCAAACGAAAUAAUGCGUAAGAAAUCGGAAAGUGAAAAUACCAAACCGAAUAAUCAAGAUGAGGACAGCGAAAGUACCGAGGAACAGCCUCUGGACGUUGGCAUACAUUAUCUAGUCCGCCGAACCGAUAAUUCUUGGUAUCCAGGAGAAAUUAUCCAGUCUCGUUUUAAUGAGGUCGAAAGACAGUAUGAGUAUUAUGUUCAUUAUGAGGGAUAUAAUCGACGACUUGACGAAUGGGUACCAAGAGGAAGAAUUAUGUCCUCAAGAUUUAACCUGACAGAUGGGCAGAAAAUCCCUGAUAUUAAAGCAUGGAAAGAAAGACCUGUUAUUACAGAUUUACUCGCUGACAAUACUGACCGAAAAAUUACCAGAAAUCAGAAAAGAAGGCAUGACGAAAUUAACCACAUUCAGAAAACCUAUGCUGAGAUGGAUCCAACCACAGCAGCAUUAGAAAAAGAACAUGAACAAAUUACAAAAGUGAAAUAUAUUGACAAAAUACAGAUUGGUAGGUUUGAAAUAGACACAUGGUAUUUUAGUCCGUAUCCAGAAGAAUAUAGAAGACAGUCGAAACUUUGGAUUUGUGAAUAUUGUUUGAAAUAUAUGAGGCUUGAGAAAAGUUAUAGGUAUCACAUGAGUGAAUGUACAUGGAGACAACCUGUAGGAAAGGAAAUUUACAGGAAAGGUACACUUUCUGUGUAUGAAGUUGAUGGAAAAGAUCACAAAGUAUAUUGUCAAAAUUUGUGUUUAUUAGCCAAGUUAUUUCUAGACCACAAAACUCUAUAUUUUGAUGUGGAACCAUUCUUAUUUUAUAUUUUAUGUGAAGUUGACAAACAAGGAGCACAUAUUGUUGGUUAUUUUUCAAAAGAAAAAGAAUCUCCAGAUGGAAACAAUGUGGCCUGUAUUCUAACAUUACCACCUUACCAAAGGCAAGGCUAUGGAAAAUUGCUUAUAGCCUUCAGUUAUGAGCUAUCCAGGCUGGAAGGCACAGUCGGUAGUCCUGAACAACCUUUAAGUGAUUUAGGAAAACUCAGCUAUAGGAGUUACUGGAGCUGGGUUUUGUUAGAGAUAUUGAGGGAUUUUAGAGGCACUUUGAGUAUUAAAGAUCUAAGUCAAAUGACAAGCAUAACACAAACAGACAUCAUAUCUACGUUACAAAGCAUGAAUAUGGUAAAAUAUUGGAAAGGACAACACGUGAUAUGCGUGACGCCAAAACUAGUAGACGAACACAUUCGAUCCAGUCAGUACAAGCGACCUCGUCUUUGUGUUGACAGCAGUGCACUCAGAUGGACACCGAGACGACAUGUCAACAACAAAAUCGGAAAGAAGUGAUAACAACUUCAUUUUUUUUUAAUCUCAACAAACGUAUUUCUUUGUUAUAACAUCUGGAUUAUAACUUUUGUGAUAUGCUUCAAUUUUAUUUUUUUGUCUCGCAGACUAGUAUGUAGGUUAUAUAGAUUUUAGGAUUAUUUAAAAUGCUAUUUGAUAGUGUUUGAAAUGUACUGAAUUAUUAAGAUAUUUUUUAAAUGUCCUUUUUUGUUUUGAACAAUAAAAAAUG